AUGUGGGUUGGGGGGUUUGUUGAUGGGGUGGUGUGGUGGGGGUGGGUAUGGGGGGUGGUUUUGUUGAGGGGGGUGUUUUUGGAGUGUUGGGGAUGUUGUUUUGAUUUGAUGGAGGGUUGGGGGAUGUGGGGUUGGUGGUUGUGUGGGGGUUGGUAUUGGGAGGAGUGUGUUGGUAGAUGUGGGUGGAGGUUGGGGUGGGGUGUUGGUGGGUGGGUGUGGGGGGUGGGUGGUUUGGGGGGGUAUUUUGGGGGAGGGGUGGUGGGGUGGGUGGGGGGGUUGGGGGGUGGGGGUUUGGGGGUGGGGUUGGGGUUGUGGUUGGGGUGGGUGGGGGGUUGGGGGGGGUGGGGGGGGUUGGUGGGGGGUGGUUUUGGAAUUUGUGGAUUGUUAUUGUUGGUUUGGUGUUUUGUGGUGUGGUGUGUUUUGUGUUGGGUUGUUGUUUUGGGUGGGGGGGUUGUUUGGUGGGGGGGGGUGGGGUUGGGGUUGGGUGGGGUGUGUGGUUGUGUUGGGGGUGUUGUUGGGUGGGGUGUUUUGUGUGGGGGGGUGGGGUUUUUGGUGGGUGUGGUUGGUGUGUGUGUGUUUUGUUUGUGUGUUGUGGGUUGGUUGGGUUGGGGGGGUUUUUGGUUGGGUGGGUGGGGGGGUGGGGGGUUUGGUUGGUGUUUUUGGGGGGGGGGGGGGGGGGUGGGGGGUGGGGUGGGGUGGUGGGUGUGGGGGGGGGGGAGGGGGGUGGGGGGGUGGGGGGGGGGGGGGUGGUUGUUGGUGGGGUGGGGGGGGGGUGGGGUAGGGGGGGGUGGUGGGUGGGGGUGGUGGGUGUGUGGUUUGGGGGGGGGGAGGGGGGGGGGGGGGGUGGUGGGUGGGGGUUGUGGGGGUGGGGGGUUUGGGGGGUGUGGGGGUGGGGUGGGUGUGGGGUGUGUGUGGGGGGGGGGGGGGGGGGGGUUUGGGUGGGGGGGGGGGGGGUGGGUGUGGGGGGGGGGUGGGGGGUUGGGGGGUGUUUUGUGUUGUGUUGGGGGGUGUGGGUGGUGGGUGGGGGGGUGUGGUGUUGGGGGGUGUGUGGGGGGGGGGGGGUGGGGAGUGGGUGGGGGGGGUGGGGUUGGGGGGGGUUGGUGGGGUGGUGGUUGGGGUGGGGUUUGGGGGUGUGGUGUGUGGGGUGGGGUGAUGGGGGGGGGUGUUGGGUGGUGGGGGGGGGUUGGUGUUGGGGGUGGGGUUGGUUGUUGUGGGGUGUGUUGUGUGGGGGGUGGUGUGGUGGGGAUGGUGGGGGGUUGUUGGUGGGGGGGGUGGGUGGUGUGGGGUUGGGGGGGUUGGGGUUGGUUGGUGGGUUGUGGGGGGGUGGGGUGGGGUGUGGGGGGUGUUGGGGGGUUUGUUUGUGUGUUGGUAUGGGUGUUGGUGGUUUUGUGUGUUGUGGGUGGGGGGGGUGGGUUGUGGUGUUGUGUGUUGUUUGGAUUUGUUUUGUUUGUUUUGUGUGUUUUUGUGUGGUGUGUUUUGGGUGGGUUUGGGUUUUGGGGGUGGGGUUUGUGUGGGGGGGGGUUGUGGGUUGGGGGGGGUGGGGGUGGUUUUGGGGUUGGGUGUGUGGGUUGGGUGUUGGGGUGGGGGGGGGUUGUGUGUUUGGGGGGGUGGUGGGGGUUGGUUUUGGGGGUGUGUGGUUUGGGGGUGUGGGGGUUUUGGUGUGUUGUGUGUGUUGUGUGUUGGUGUGGUUUGGGGGGGGUUGUUUUUGGGGGGUUGUUGUUUUUUGUGGUGGGGUUGUUGUUGUGUUGUUUUGUUUUUGGUGGUGUGUGGGGGGGGUUUGGGGGGGGGGGUGUGGGGGUGGUGUUUGUGGGGGGGGGUUGUGGGUGGUGUGUUUGUGUGUGUGGGGGGUUGGGGUGGGGGGUGGGGGUUUGGUGGGGUGGGGGGGGGGGGGGUGGGUGGGGGGUGGUGUUGUGGGGGGGGGGGGUGGGGGGGGGUGGGGGUGUUGGGGGUGUUGGGUUUGUGUGUGUUUGUGGGGGGUGGGGGGUGGGUGGGUUGGGUUGUGUGGUUGUUAGGUGGUGGUUGGGGGGGUGGGUGUUGGGGUUGGUGUGGUGGGGUGGGUUUUUUGGGUGGGGUGGUGGGGGGUGGGGGGGGGGGGGUUGGGGGGGUGUUGGGUGUGGGGGGUGGUGUGGGGUGUGGGUUUGGGUGUUUUGGGGGGGGGGUGGGGGUGGGGGGGGGUGUGGGGGGGGGGGGGGGUGGGGGGGGGGGUGGGGUGGUGUGGGGGGGGGUGUUGGGGGGGUGGGGGGGGGGGGGGGUGGUUUGGGGGGGUGGUGGGGGGUUGGGUGUGUGUGGGUGGGGGGGGGUGGGGGUUUUGGGGGUGGGGGGGGGGGUGGGUGGGGGGGGUGGGGGUGGGGUGGGGUUUGUUUGUGGGGGGGGUGUGUGGUGUGUGGGGGUGGGGGUGGGGGGGGGUGGGUUGGGGUGGGUGGUGGUGGUUGGGGUGUGUGGUGUGUGGGUUGUGUGUUGGUGGGGUUUGUGUGUGGUGUGGGGGGGGGUGGGGGGGGGGGGGGUUUGUGUGGGGGUGUGGGGGGUUGGUGGUGGGGGGGGGGGUGGGGUGUGGGGUGUGUGGUGGGGUGGGGGUUUGUGGUGGGUGUGUGGGGGUGGGUUUGGGGUGGUGGGGGGGGUUGGGUUGGUUUGGGGUGUGGGUGGGUGGUGGGGUGGGGGUGGGGGGGGGUGUGUGUUGUGGGGUGUUGUGGGGGGUUGGGUGGUGGGUUGGGGUGGUGGUUUUGUUGGGGGGGUUGGGUGUGUGUGGGGGGUGGGGGGUUGGGGGGGGGGGGGGUGGGUGUGGGGGGGGGUGGGGGGGGUGGGGGUUGUGGGUGGGGUGGGUUGUGGGGUGGUGGGUUUUUGUUUUUGUGGGUGGUUUUGUGUUUGGUGUGUGGUUUGGGGUGUAAGGUGGGGUGUGGGGUGGGGUGGUUGGUGUGGGGGUGGGGGGGGUGGGGGGGUGGGGGUGGGUGGGGGGGGGUGGGGGGGGGGGUGGGGGGGGGUGGGGGUUGGUUUGGGGGGUGGUUGUGGGUUUUGUGUGGUGGGGGGUGUGGGGGGGGUGGGUGGUGGGGGUGGGUGGGGGGUGGGUGGUGGUGUGGGGGGGGGGGUGGGUGUGGGGGGUGGGGUGGGGGGGUGGUGGGUUGGGGUAGGGUGUGUGGUGGGUUGUGUGGGGUUGGGGGGGGGGGUGGGUGGGUGGGGGGGGGGGGGGGGGGGGGGGGGGGUGUUGUGUGGGGGGGUGUGGUGUGGGGUGGUGGGUUGUGUUUGGGGGGGUGGGGGGGGGGGGGUGGUGGGGGGGUUGUGUGGGGGUGGGUGUUUUGGUGGUGGUGGGGGGGGGGUGUGGUGUGGUGUGGGGUUGGGUGGGGUAGGGGGGUGUGGUUAUGGGGGUGGGGGGGGUGUUUGGUUGGUUGGUGGGGGGGGUGGUGGGGGGGGGUGGGGGUGGGUGGGGGGUUGGGGGGGGGGGGGGGUUGGUUGUUGGGGUGUGUUUUGUGGUUGGUGUGGUGGUGGUGUUGGGUGUUGUGGUGUGGGGGGGUUUGGUGUGUGGGGUUUGUGGUUUGUGGUUAUUUGGUGUUUUGGUUGUUUUGUUUUUUUAUUUUUGGUGUGUGUUUGGGGUUUGGGUUUUGGGGGGGGGGUUGGGUUGGUGGGUUAGGGGGAGGGGGUGGGGUUUUGUGUGGGGGUGUUGUUGUUUGGUUGGGGGGUGGUUUGUUGUGGGGGGGUGGGGUGGGUUGUGGGGGGGGGGUUUGUGGGUGUGUGUGUGGUUGUGUGGGGGGGGGGGGUUUUUUUGUUGGGGGGGGGGGGGGUGUGGGGGGGGGGUUGGUGUUGGGGGGUGGGGGGGGUUGUGGGUGGGGGUGUUGUUUGUGGUGUGUGUUGUGUGUUGGGGGGUGUGGGGUGGGGUUGAGGGGGUGGUGUGGUGUGGGUGGGUUGGUGGGGGUGUGGGUUGUGUUGUGGUGUUGGGGGUGUGUGGUGGGGGGUGUUGGGUUGGGGGGGGGUGGGGUGGUGGUGUGUGUUGUGUUGUUGUGGGGGGUUGGGGGGUGUGGGGUUGGGUGUUUGGGGGGUGGGGGGGGUGGGGUGGGGGGGGGUGGGGUUUGGGUGGUGUGGGGGUGUGGGGUGGGGGGGUUGGGGGUGGGUGGUGGUGGGUGGGUUUGUUGUGUUGGGGGGGGGGGUGGGUGGGGGUUGGGGGGAUGGGUGUGGUUGUGGUGGGGGGGUGGGUGGGGGGGGGGGGGUGGGGGGUUUGUGGGGUGGGGGGGGGGUGGGUUUGGGGUUGUGUGGGUGGGGGGGGGUGGGGUUUUGUGGGGUGGGUGGUUGGAUGGUUGUGUGGGGGUGUGGUUGGGGGGGGGGGGUGGGGUGGGGGUUUGUGUGUGGGGGGUGUGGGGGGGGUUGGGGGGGGUGGUGUUGGGGGGGUGGGGUUGGGGUGGUGGUGGGGGUGGGUGGUGUGGGGGGGGUGUUUGUGGGGGGUUGGGGGGUGGGGGGGGGGGGGGUUGUUUGUUGUUGUGGUUGUGGGUUGGGGUGUGUUGGGGGGGGUGGGGUGUGGGGUGUUGGGGGGGGGGGGGGGGUUGGGUUGUUAGGGGGUUUGGGUGGGGGGGUUGGAGGGUGGGGGUGGUGGUGGGGGGGGGUUUGGUGGGGGGUUGUGGGGGUGGUGGGGUGUGGGGGGGUGUUGUGGGGGGGGGGGGGGGGGGGUUGGGGGGGGUGUGGGUGUGUGUGUGGUGGGGGGUGAUGGGGGGGUGGGGGGGGUGGGUGGGGGUGGGGGGGUGGGGGGGGUGGGGGGGGGGGGGGGGGGGGUUGGUGUGGGGGGGGUGGGGGUGGGGAUGGUGGUGUUGGGUGGUGGGGGGGGGGGGGGGGGGGUGGGGGGGGGGGUGGGUUGGGGGGGGGGGGGGUGGUGGGGAGGGGGGUGGGGGGGGGGUGGGGGGGGGGGGGGUGGGGGGUGGGUGGGGGGGGGGGGUGGGGGGGGUUGUGUGGGUUUGGGUUUGUUGGGGGGGGUUAUGUUGUGGGGGGGUUGUUGGUUGGUGGUUUGUGGGUUGGGGGUGGUGUGGGUGUGUUGGGUUGGUGUGGGGGGGUGUGUGGGGGUGGGGGGGUGGGGGGGGUUGGGGGGGGGUGUGUGGUGGGGAGUGGUGGGGGGUGGUGGGGUGGUGGGGUUGGUUUGUGGUUGGUGUGUGGUGUGUGUGGAGGUUGGGGGGGGUGGUGGUGGGUGGGGGUGGGUGUGUGGUGGUUUUUUUGGGGGUUGUUGUUGGGGGGGUGGGUUGGUGGUUUUGUUGUGGGGGGUUGGGGGUGGGUUGUUGUUGUGUUGUGGGGGGGGUGUGGGGGUGGUGGGUUGUGUUUUGGGGUGUGGUGGGGGGGGGUGGGGUGGGUUGGGGGUGUUGGGUGGUGUGGUGGGGGGUGGGGGGGGGGGGGGGGUGGGGUGGUUUGGGGGGGGGGUGGGGGGGGUGUGUGGUGUGGGUGGUUGUGGGUGUGGGUGUUUGGGGGUGGGGUGGUGGGGGGUGGUUGGGUUGGGGGGGGUGGGGUUGUUGGGUUGUUUUGUGGGGGGGGUGUGUGGGGGUGUGGUGUGGGUGGGUGUUGUGGGUGGGGUGGGGGGGUUUGGGGUUUUGUGGUGUGGGUGGGGGGGGGUGGUUGGGUUGGUGGGGUUGGUGGGGGGGGGGGGGGUUGUGGGGGGUUUGGGGUUUUUGUUGUGGGUGGGGUUGGUUUGGGGUUGGGUGUGUGUGGUGUGUGGUGUGUGUGGGUGUGGGUGGUGGUGGUGGGGGUGGGUGGGUGGGUUUGGGUGGGUGGUGGUGGUGUGGGUGGGGUGGUGGGGUGGUGGGUGGUGGGGGGGUGGUGGUUUGGGUUUUUGUUGUUAUUAGUUGUGUUUGUUGUGUGUUGUGUGGUUUUGGGGGGUGGGGUGGUGGUGUGGGUGGGGUGGUUGUUGUGGGGUGGUGGUUUUGGUUGGGGUGUGUGUUUGGGUGUGUGUGUUGGUGGGAGUGUUGGUUUUUGGGGGGUUGGUGGUGUUUGGGGUUUUUUUUUUGUUUUUGGGGGUGGGGUUGGGGGGGGGGGGUUUGGGGGUGGGGUGGUGGUGGGUGGUUGUUGUGUGGUGGUUUUGUGGGGGUUUGGUGGGGUGUUGUGUGGGGUUUUGUGGGGGGUGUUGGGGGGUGUGGGUUUUGGUUUGGUGGGGUUUGGUUGGUUGGUGUGUUUUGGGUUGAGUUGUGGGUUGGUUUGUUGUGGUGUGUGGUUUGGUUGGGGGGUUGGGGUGUGUUGGGGGUUAUGGGUGGUGGGUGGGUGGUUGGGGGUGGUGGGGAGUGGGGGGGGUUUGGGGGGGUGGAGUUAUGUGGGUUUGUGGGGUUGGGUGGGGUGUUGGGGGGGGGGGGGGGGGGGGGGGGGGGGGUGUGGGGGGGGGGGGGUGGGGUUGGGGGUUGUUGGUGGGUGUUGGUGGGGUGGGGUGGGGGGUGGGUGGGGUGGGUGGGGGGGGGGGGGGGGGUGGGGGGGGGGGUGGGGGGGGUGGGUGGGGUAGGGGGGGGGGGGUGGGGUUGGGGGGGGUGGGGGUUUGUGGGUGGGGGUUGGUUGGGGGGGUGGGGGGUGGUUUUUUGUGGGUGGGUGGGGGGGGGGGUGGGGGGUGGGGGGGUGGUGGGGGGGUGGUUUGUUGGGGGGUGGUGGGGGGUUGGGGGUUGGUGGGGGUGUGGGGGGGUGGGUGGGGGUGGGGGGGGGUGGGGGGGGGGGUGGGGUUGGGGGGGGGUGGGGGUGGGGUGGGGUGGGUGGGGGGGGUUGGGGUGUGGGGGGGUUUGGGGUGUUGGUUGGGUGGUGGGGUGGUGUGGUGGGGGUUGUUGUAGUGGGUGUGGGGUGGUUUGGGGGGGGGGGGGGGGGGGUUGUGUGGUGGGUUUGGUGGUUGGUUGUGUUUGGGUGGGUGGGGGGGGGGUGUUUAGUGUGGGGGUGUGGUGGGGGGUUGGGGGGGGGGGAUGGGGUUGGUUUGUUUUUGUUGGUGUUGUGUGUGGGUGGGGGUGGGGAUUGGUGGGGGUUUGUUUUAAAGGUGGUAUUGUUUGGGUGAUUUUGGGGGGGGGGGGGGGGGAGGGGUGGAGGGGGGGGGGGGGGGGGGAAGGUUGUUUUGUGGGGGUGUGGUGUGGUAGGGGAUUUGUGGGAGUUGGUUGGUUGGAUAGGAGGGGGGGGGGGGGGGUUGGGUUGGGGUGGGGGGUGAGGUUUGUAGGGUGGGGGGGAUGGUAUGUUGGGUAUGGGAGUGGUGGGGUGUUGGGUUGGGGUUUGUGGAUUGGAUAA